AGAGGAUGCUGCCCCUCUUUGGAGUUCUGUAAAUGCAGAGGAUUCCUCUUCCUGGCUCUGAUUUGCCGCCGAGAAAUGUAACCUCUUGGACGGAUCCUACGAUGGCUCGAACCACCAGAUCCUCAGCAAAUCGCAGGAGAACGAGGUCCAAAUCCCCCCCAAAACGGAGCUGUCAUCAAUGCCUGAAGGGGAGUUACUUCCUUUACAUAAACAAGAUUCUGAAGCUCGUCCACCCCGACAAGACCAUCUCCUCCAAGACCCUGGACGUCGUGAACACAUUCAUCAAUGAUAUCUUCGACCGACUUGCUAUUAAGGCAUCCCGGCUUGUGCGCAACAAAAGGCAUUUAACCCUCCAGGUCUGGGCGAUCCAGGAGGCCGUGGACUUGCUUCUGCCUGGGGAGCUAGCCAAAUAUGCCACCGCUCAUGGCAACAAGGCAAUCGAAAGAUACAACUCCUCCAAAAAGACGCAGCCCAGUUCUCCAGCGGCGAGCUGAACUGGAACUCCCUUUUUUCUGUACAGUCUGGCUCUCCACCACCAAAAAAGCCUGAAAACCUU